AUGGUUGAUUAUUACACCGAGGAUGGUACAGCUAACGCUGGAUCUGACUACGUUCCUGUGAAAGGAACCCUUACUUUUUACCCUGACGACAAAUUCCAGAAAAUCUCAAUUGAAAUUGUUGACGACGAUGUUUUCGAAGAAGAUGAGCAUUUCUACCUGCAUCUAAGAAAUCUUCGUGUUCGCACCAAAGAUGGCCUCAUUUUGGACCCAUCCAGAAUUGGUGGACUACCUGUGGCUCAACUGGAAAUGCCAGCCACUGCUACAAUCAUGAUCCUUGGUACAAAUUUUUUAAAAAUUUAA